AAAACAAUGAAAGCAAUGAAAGUUGUUUGUGCAGCAAGUACAUGUAAAUAUUCAUCUAAAAAUGAAGAUUCAAGUGAUAUUAUUUUUAUCAGCUUCCCUAACAAUGAAAUCGUAGAAUUGCACAAUAAUUAUUACAUAUGCUCAAAUCACAUUGAAGAUCGUUACUUCAUAAGUAAAACAGAUCGCAUAAUAUUAACAGAAGGUGCUGUACCGACAUUAUUCCACCAUCAAUUGAAACAAUAUACACCUACUACAUCAGGAUCAAAUGAUGAUAUUAUCAACACAAUGCAAUUAAACAAUUGUAUCAAUGAUGUAAACGAUUGUUCAUCAACCAAUUUUAGAGACACUGUUUAUACCAGCGAUUUACAUCCCACAAGCAGCCAUAUUAAUGAAAUUAGUAGUAAUGUUUCGUCUAUUGAUAGCGGUGAUAGUAAUUUAAACAAAUACUGCAAUAUAAAUAUAAAUAUUGGGCAGUAUGAGGACGACGGUGAUAGUAAUGAUGACAUUGGAGUAAGAUACAGUAGUUUAUGUAGACUAUGUGGCCAAUCAAUUAGCGAUGGUAUUGAUAUACUUUCUGAUAAGCAAAUAAACUUGAAGACAGUUGAUAAAAUACAUUUACAUUUGCCAAUAUCUAUUGAUCCUAGUGAAUCAAUGCCGCUCAAAAUGUGCACUGAUUGCUAUGAUAAAUUAGAAAUUUCUCAUUCUUUAGUUAUUACGUCCUUGCAAACUGAAAUUAGAUUAAGAAAAUAUCUUAAUCUUCCUAAUAAGUUUAAUGAUGAAGAUAGAUAUCGUGAAUUAAUCUCAUUACACGAAAUAGAAAUAAACAAUGAAAUGUGUAUGGAUUCAACAAUUUCAACAGUUGAUGAUUUAGCAGCAAUAACAAACAAAGAUAAAUCUAGUGAUAUAUCUGUAGCGGAAUUGAAUAAUCAAGUAACUGAAAAUAAUUCAACAGCACAAGUUAAUCAAACAGUAAUACAAUGUCCAAAUGACACACCAACAAAAUUAGAUGAUCGUUUUAAGUAUGUACUCCAAUCAGAUUUAAAUAAUUUAUUAUUAGAACCAUUAACAUCACUCGAGUCCGCAAACAAUCCACCAAAUAAUCCAGUUGUUGAAAAUAAUGUUGAAAGUUUAAUUAUGGAAAAUGACCAACAGCAAUCACAGGAGCAAAUAAGUUUAAGUAGCAGAAAUGAUAAAUGUGAUAUUGUUGAAAAUAUAUUCGACGGUGAGCAAACAUUUGAAGACACUAAUGUGUUGUAUAGUAAUCAAAAUUGUUAUUCAGCGUUUAAAUGUAAAAAGUGUAAGGAUUUAUUUAACAAAGAAGAAGAUUUAUUAAUACACGAAUUAUAUCAUAUGAGAAGAACUUUUCCAGAUCAAGAACGCAAAUGCGGACAUUGUUCAUCUUCAUUUUUCAAUCGUAAGGAUCUGCAAAAUCACAUUUCCGAAAAACAUAGUGGACUGCAAAUGCUAUUUAAAUGCGGAAUUUGUGACAAAGUUUAUGAAAAACGGUCAAGCCUUGAUGUUCAUGAGGCUACGCAUCGUCAAGAUAAACCGUAUCUCUGUGAUCUUUGCGGUAAAAGUUUUAAGCAUUCUAAUAAUUUAAGAGGACACAAACGUACACAUUUAGAUGUUGCUAAGAAAAAAAGGCAUAAUUGUGAAAUAUGUGGAAAUGCUUUUAGAUCAAGUUAAAAUGUAAUUUUAAUUUGAAUUUAUAUUUUCUAUAGAUUUCAUUUGAAAGAGCAUAUAAAUCAACAUAAUGGCGAUAAGCCGUACAAAUGUGAACAAUGUGGAAAAGCCUUUUCCAAAAGAAUCCAAUUGCGACAACACCGACUUUCGCAUGGUUUAAAUAAACACACUUGUCCUAUCUGCGGAGUAUCAUUCAAUCGCAGAAGUAAUAUGAAUACACACAUGAAAAGGCACGCUAAAAAUGAUGGGAUGUACACUUGUAGCGUAUGUGAAAGCAGAUUUAAAUCAAUGAGCGAGUUAAAAUUACAUCGGAAAGAGCACACCGAAAAUGAAAUACUUGAAAGUAUUAAAAAAAAAUGCAAUGACAAAGAAAUAUACCAGUGUAAAAUAUGUUCAAGAGCAUUUCCAAAACGCGCUGCAUUGUUGAAUCAUGAGCGUACGCACAAUGGUACACAGCCGCGAGUUGAGUGUGACAUAUGCGGAAAAAAAUUAGCGAACAAAAGUUCAUUAAAAUACCAUACUAAAUCAAUACAUUCAACGGAAAGGCCACACACGUGUCAAUUCUGCGAUGAAGCGUUCGUUACAAAAGAAGCGCGUCUUAUCCACGAAAGAAUACACACUGGUGAACGCCCUUACGAAUGUAAAAUAUGUAAUAUGCAAUAUAGAUGCUCGAGUAAUCUUAGUCAGCAUAUGAAAGUUCAUUCUGAAGUACGACCUCAUACAUGUCAACAGUGUAAUAAAAGUUUCACACGUAAAGGCGCAUUAACUAUUCAUGAACGUACUCAUACUAGUAUCAAACUAUUUACCUGCACUAUUUGUGAUAAAAUAUUUUCACAAAAGUGUGAACUAAUUAAACAUAUUAAAGUACAUCAAGUACAUAAAGUACUGAGUUGUGAAUAUUGUAAUCAAAUAUUUUAUUCUAAGACUGAUAUUUCUAAGCACUUUGACAGUGUUCAUAAAAUUUACUCUAAUAAUACAAACGGUUCUUUGAUUAAUGAUAAACGGAUUGUUAUAACCGAGAAUUUAGAGAUAUACUCGCUGGAUAUAAAUACUUGCAAUAUCAAAGAAUCUACUGGUGAAUUAAAUUAA